UUGUAUGAACGGUGGUGUUUGUGUUCCUGAAUAUGUAUCGAACUCCUAUCGCUGUGACUGCAAGCCUGGAUUCUGCGGAACUCACUGCAAACAAGGAGGGGAUAAAACCUGCAGUCAAAUCAAACUAUGUAAUCUCCCAAGUGGCUCUUACGUCAUCGACCCUGAUGGAGAGAGUGAAGUGAAGCCUUUUAAAGUCUACUGUGACAUGGUUGACAAAGAAGGUGUUGGAGUGACAGUUGUCAGUCACGACAAUGAAAAUAGAACACUGGUGAACGGAUAUAAUGGCCCUGGAAGUUACUGGCGCAAUGUCACUUACCAUAAGACCAGUUUCCUUCAGUUAGCAAGCCUAACUGCUUCAUCCGCUCACUGUGAGCAGUUUAUAAUGUACGAGUGCUAUGACUCAGUGCUCACAUAUCGAGGUACAAUGUAUGGUUGGUGGGUGUCACGUGACGGAGAGAAUAUGAAGUACUGGGGAGGAGCUGAUUCUGUUGACUACAGAUGCGCAUGCGGCUUGAACAAAACAUGUGCAGACAAUCAUUAUGGGUGCAACUGCGACAACGAACACCUCAGCUGGCAAAACGAUAGCAGUUUACUCACAAACAAAUCCAAGCUUCCCGUGAAACAACUCAGGUUUGGAGACACCGGUAAGGUUCAUGAAAAAGGAUACCACACACUUGGAAAGCUGAAGUGUUUUGGACAACUUUAAAACAAUAAACAGUAAAAGUAUCUGCCAUUUCCGCUAUUUAUAAACUCACUUCCUCUACUUGUGUAAAACAAAAUUCUGUUAAUCAGUUAAUUGAUUUUAAACAUUAGGAGCAAACCAUCCAAAUUUCUAUGUGUAGUGGAAUAUUAUACGUCAUCAAAAGUGCCGACUGCUUUUUUUUCGAAAUUAGAAGUGAAAAAGGGGAAAGAGAAGAGAAUCAAAAUCAAUUUACCUUAAAAGAUUUGUGCUGUCUAUCGUUAUAUCGAUAAAU